UAUUUUUUCCGUUAUCUGUAUUUAUGGACUCUUUCAUUCUUUGUGCUUUGAUUGAGUUUCUAUUUUGAUUUUAUACUUUGUAGCGAGCAAUGUUGAUAAUGAUUUUAUAAACUAUAUUAGGAUGAAAGUACGGUCCAGACAAUGUUGCCAUUGUCAAAUAAGUAUGCUCUGUAUCCAUGGUGUCUCACACUCGGAUUAUUAUAAAGGAAGAAAUGCAAAAAUAAUGAUAGUAGGCUUUUGCAAAUGUAUUGACAACUGUAUCGAAGCUGGUGAGCUGAUCAGUGCUCCUAAACCUGGUGGUAUGAUCGUAUCAACACUUAAGGGCUGCGAUUGUUGAACUCAAUGUGGAGGGGAUGGUUAGGUCAUUAAGUUGGCUGUCGCAAAAGCAUGGAAAUGUUUUGGCCGCAUUGAUGCUUUGGUCAAUAAUGCUAGAAUAAGAGGUGGAACGAAAUCUUCAUUGUAUUUAAGUGUAGAAGGAUGGAACAACGUGGUGAGAACCAACUUAACAGGAUCAUGGCUGGUGUCCAAGUAUGUUGGAUUACACAUGGUCGAAGUAGUUCAAGAAGGCUGCAUCAUUAACAUAUCUUCUUCUUCUGGAAAUGAUACAUGCCUUGAGGCUGUACCUAUUCCAAAUUUUAAUUCAUGUCGGAGACUCUUCAGAUCCUCACGAAUUCAUAAGGGAAGUACACAAAAUGAUGGACAGAAAAAAGAAAUCAUCAGCUGUUUAUAUGACCUCCAGCUUAAUAAAGUGUGUCGGAAAAUUUAGAGGCCCUGAGGUUGCAGCUAAGCUUCUUCAUAGCACACUGAAGGAUUCAAGUAUAACACUUUCAAAUCUAAUUGGAGCAGUGGAACAAAUGGCUAUACAAAAUCAUCCUGUUAAAGGCUUCUACUUCACAGUGGCUGGUGUUCCUGUGAGCAUUGGUUUUGCGAUUGUUAGUUAUAUAGGGAAGCCGAGGGUUGCAAUUGCUUCAGAGAAAGGCUACAUCGAUGCAGAUAAAUUCAAGUCUUGCAUUCUUGAGGCUUUCUAUAUCAUCUGUAAAAUUAUUGCUGAUGUCUAAAUGUGUUUCAGUGAAAUUUAUAUAUUAAUAAUCAAUAUGAAAACAGAUUUUUUCGCCAAAAUUUUCCUAGAAGAGAAGGACAGCAAGACUUGACUUGAUUAUAGUUAGACGACGACGAACAAACACUAAAAGUUCUGGUGCAGGUAUCUAAGAGGAAAAAGUAUCAAUUAGAAUCCACGAGUCUCUAAAUAAACAGUGAUUCUUGCCAAUGUAAUUAGGAACUGUUUUUUUAAUCAUAUUAUUAUAUGUUAUUACUUCUGGAAAGGUACGUACUAUACCUGCUCCUUAAAUCAAAACUGUUUCGCAUCUUCUCCUUAUUUUCAUUUUUCUUGAAUGUGAACAUUAUUAGUUUGCAUUUUUUUUUAAUUACAAAAUUUUGCACUCACACGAGUAGCCUGGAGUCGGGAUAUGCUAUUCAAAUAUGGCCUGAAGGCUGGGUAUGCUUUUCAGAGAUGAUGUUUGCUUAUGUAUAGAUGUACCUUUUUGCUGCCCUUUUUCUAUUCGGAUUUAUACCAACAAUUGUUGCUGCCUUUUUUAGUGCAUAAUGAAUUUGGUCAGAGCAAUACACAACUAAGCUGCCAAUUUUUUCCAUCCAUAUUGACUUAACUUUUGAUAUCUUGCAACAGCAAGUGUACAUAUGAUGGCUUCACAAGUGCUUCCCUGCAACACAACGCUGCCUCCACCAGAUAAAGGAAAGAUUUAGGAAGUCAAAGAAUUUGUCCAAUUCAAUCCACAAGUAUGUUUUCCAGUUCAGUUGCAGCUGGAGAAGACAUCUAAUUGAAUCCGACAAUGUUCAAGCUAAGACUAAACAUUUCACCAAGUAAACCAGCAGUAUUCCCGCUUGAAGGGAAAUAAGCAAAGAAGUUAGCACUUUGCCAAUGUGUGAUGUCGGGGAUAAUUUUGUUUUGUACAUCUCGGAGAAUUGUUUGAAAUGGUUCGGGGCUGCAUAGGACGGAUUCAUAUAUGAUUUUGUUAGAUAGCCCGGUAAACUUGGCUUCUAACAGGAUACUUAUGAACUUCAUGAUAGUAAUCUGCCAGAAAAUCAAUCAUUAAGUGGCAUUGCUUUUUAAACUCUCCAGGGUUUAAACUUUAGAGGAUUCAUCAGAUUUGUCAUCAGAUUUAUAAAUCCAGAUGUUGGUUUAAUUAGAUAUGAUGCAUGCAUUCAUCAUCUAUGACUCUCUUAAUAUAUUGGAACUCAUUAGUUUUUGACAGGCA